AUGUCAUCAUCCUCCAAGAGUGGAGUUUCAGACACCAUAGACCCGAUAGCCAUAGUUUCAGAUGACGAGAUCCUUCCAAAGGAUGAGGUUUUCACUUCAGAUACUACGAGUAGCGACGACGAUGACUUUCAGCCCUUCGCCUUACCGGAUUUCGGAGAUGAUUUACCUUUAGCUGAUGGCUUUCUUGACGGGGAUCUACCCCUUGCUCAGAUCCCUGCACCUAUUCCUCUUGCUGCUUUUCCUGUUGAGGAUCUGCCUCUCGACGAUAUGUCGGACAAUGACGUUGAUCUCUUCAUCAAGGGUCCCCCUGAGGAUGCCCAGGAUGGUGGGGCUCCGGUUGAUGAUGUUGUUAUUCCUCUUGAUGAGAUUCCUGUUGUCGAUAUCAUUCUACCUGUCGAGGUUCCUGUUGUGGAGGUUUUAUCUGACCCGUCUGGUCCCGAUUCGUUUAAGUUCGUGUCAUCUUCUACUCUUCAUGCACUGGGAUUACAGCGAUAUCCCACAGACAUUGAUUCCGACACUGCUAUGUCUGCAGCGCCUGUUCCGCCGUGGGAUUUUGAGUUCAACGAUGAGAUUGACCCUAUUUUUCCACACGACCUUGAUCCAGACCAUGAGAUUGAGUUUAUCCCUGUUGAGCAGCCUGUUGAGGCACCUAUUUUUCCUGAUGAUCAGCUCCUUGAUAUACCCGAUGAUCAUGAGCUUGCUCCAGCUGACCCAGAGCCUGAGAUUGCACCCGAGCCUAUUCUUGCUCAUGACCCUCCACCUGUGCACGACCCUAUCCCUGUUGAUGUACCAGUUGUUGCACCACCCCUGCCUGACCCGGUCCCUGUACUUGUUGACCGUGCUCCAUUUGCUACCCAUGUGGACCCUAGAUAUGCUAACGCCCGCAAUGGGUGGAUUGAGGAUGACGACGACUAUCCUCCUUUUGUCAGACCAGUUACUCCCCCUUAUGCACCUGUUCAGGCACCCUUUUAUGUCACCCAGUUUUAG